GGUGAGGCGGACCAGGUCCGGAUGACCUCGGAGGGCUCUGACUGUCGCUGCAAGUGCAUCCUGCGGCCACUCAGCAAGGACGCCUGCAGCCGCGUCAGGAAUGGCAGCAUGCGGGUGGAAGACUUCUACACGGUGGAGACGGCGAGCUCGGGGGCCGACUGCAAGUGCUCCUGCACUGCCCCCCCGUCCUCGCUCAACCCCUGCGAGAAUGAGUGGAAGAUGGAGAAGCUGAAGAAGCAGGCGCCCGAGCUCUUCAAGCUGCAAUCCAUGGUGGACCUGCUGGAGGGAACGCUCUACAGCAUGGACCUGAUGAAGGUGCACUCCUACAUCAGCAAGGUGGUGGCCCAGAUGAACACGCUGGAGGAGACCAUCAAGACCAACCUGAGCAGGGAGAACGACUUCAUGAAGGAGAGCGUCCUGCACCUCACCGACCAGAUGAGACGCUAUGAGAACUACUCCGACAUCAUGAUUAGCAUCAAGAAGGAGAUCUCCAACCUGGGCUACCAGCUGCUGCAGAAGGACGCUGCUGCUGUCCCCGAGAGCAAGGCACAGGAGGUGGAGUGCGAAGGCACCAUCGAGUCGGUGGAGCCCCCCACGGAGCACCACAGCUACGGGCGCAACGAGGGGGCCUGGAUGAAGGACCCAGCAGCCAAGGAUGACCGCAUCUAUGUCACCAACUACUACUACGGGAACAGCCUGGUGGAGUUCAGGAGCCUCGACAACUUCAAGCAGGGCCGCUGGAGCAAUCUCUACAAGCUGCCCUACAACUGGAUUGGCACCGGGCAUGUGGUGUACCGUGGGGCCUUUUACUACAACCGUGCCUUCACCAAGAACAUCAUCAAGUAUGACCUGAAGGAGCGGUACGUGGCGGGCUGGGCGCUGCUCCAUGACGUGGUGUACGAGGACACGACACCCUGGAAGUGGAAGGGCCACUCAGACAUCGACUUUGCCGUGGAUGAGAGUGGGCUCUGGGUCAUCUACCCCUCCGUGGACUACGACUACUCGCAGCAGGAGGUGAUCGUCCUGAGCCGCCUUGACCCCGGGGACCUCUCGGUGCGCAGGGAGACCACCUGGAAGACGGGGCUGAAGCGCAACGCCUACGGGAACUGCUUCAUCAUCUGCGGCAUCCUCUACGCCGUGGACACCUACAGCCAGAAGGAAGGGCAGAUCUCCUACGCCUUCGAUACGCACACGGACACGGAGGCAGAGCUCCGGCUGCCCUUCCUCAACCAGUAUGCCUUCACCACGCAGGUCGACUACAACCCCAAGGAGAAGGUGCUCUACGCCUGGGACAACGGCCAUCAGAUGACGUACGGGCUCCGCUUUGUGGUCUGA